UACCUAUUAAACAUUCCACCGAAAAUUUUUAUUCAAAGAAUGUAGAAUCGAAUCCUGCAUUAAAGAUAAAACUAACCCCUUAUCGUCGUCCAAUUUCUACGGCUAAUGCUACACCACCAAAGAAAGGAAUUUUGAAACCACCACCACCACCAAAUACACGCUCACUUUGGAAACGUGAUUGGUUAUCCACACUUAAUAUCCGUCUACAAAAUGCAGCAAAUUCCGCCUCAACUACGGAAGCUCCCAAUACAACUGCCUCAUUCUUCUCUAGCGCGUUAAAACGAUUGAAUUCACCUACCACAUUUUCGUAUAUCACCCAACAGGAGGAACUACAACAAAUGCCUCAGCAGAACCAAAAACAGCCACCUCAUGUAAAUCCUACAACUCCUGCAGAUCAAAUUUCUCAAUACAAUUCACAAAACUCCUCUCUAUCAUCGAAUACUAAUCUCCUUACUCCUAAAGCACUUAAGAGAGUCCGUUUUUCUGUAGCAAAGUUGACAGAUGAGUAUCCACACUCACCGAUCCCUGGUGAGAGUGAUAAUAGUGAUUGGGAAGAUGAAUAUGAUUUUCGGGAAUGGAAUGAAAAACAGAAAAAGACAAGUCAAACAUUACCUGAAGCAGAACAAAAAAGAGUUUAUACACCUAGAGAUAUGAUGAAAUUUUAUUUGGCUGCUUGUAGAAACAGAGAGGAAUUCCCCGCUGACCGUUUAGUUGAUAUCUUUAAAAAAGCAUGCCAGCCAGGAGGUUCAUUAAAUGCCAUUGACUUAACUGGUGACAUUAUUGACAAAAAGAUUGCCGAACCUAUAGCGGACAUUCUCACUCUUGAAUUUGGUUUACAAAAGCUAAUAAUGGAAAGAUGCGAGAUUGAAGAAGAUACAAUGAAAAUUAUAUGUCAUAGUUUACUUGUGAAUGAUUCACUUCCGUACCUUAAUUUAAGUAACAAUAAGAGGCUUAGAACGAAUGGUUUCAAUUACAUAGCUGUUUAUAUCAAAAAGUCUUUGACUUUGGCAUAUCUUGACCUUUCCGGUAUUAAUAUAGAUAAGAAGUCUGCUACAUUUUUGGCGCAGGCACUGAUACAAGGAAAUAAUAAAUCCGGAGCUGUAUUAGAGACUUUGAACUUGGAUAAUUGCGGAUUAAAAAAUAAUGUGUUAGAAGUUUUGGGUCCUGGUAUACGUCGUUCUAAUUUGCGUAAUUUAUCACUUCGCUUUAAUCGUAUCAAUCAUGUUGGUGCGGUAUGGAUUGGAGUAAUGUUGCGAGAUUAUGAAGAUUUGAAUUUUGGCACUAACAAUGCACAACUUAGUCCUUCAAUGCCGCCUUUUAAUGAACAAGAAGAAGCUAGAGCCGAAAAGUUGCGAAGUCGAAAGCGCGGCAUAGAAGUGUUAAACAUUACUGGAAACGAUUUAAGAAGUGGUAUUCAGUAUAUUGCACAGGCUUUACGUCGUAAUCGAAGCCUGAAAGAAUUGCAUAUGCAAGAAAAUCGCAUAGAUCCUAAAGGAUUGGCUAUUUUGGCGGAUGGUUUGAACCCUGUCGGUGGUCCUUCAUCUGAAGGUAUUAUCGCAAUUCGAAAUGGCUUAUCAUUAAAUACCACACUUAAAGGAUUAUUUUUAUCUAAUAUAAAUUUAUCAUCCGAAGGUGCGAUAGCUAUUGCUGAAUAUCUUCCAGAAACAAAUUCAUUGGUUCAUUUGGAUUUGACGUCAAAUCCAGAUAUUGACAUUGCAGGAGUUUUGGCUUUAGCUGUAUCAAUUAAAAUGAACCAUAGUGUUCGUGUCUUGGAUGUUAAUGUUCAACCAAACGAUAAUGAAAUGGCACGUCUUUCUCGUGAUAUUCUUCGCGCAUGCGUAAGGAAUACAGAAUUGGCCCAAAAGAGUGAUUCGGAGAAUUCCGAGAAUGGUUUCUUGUUAGCUGACUUUGAAACAAAAUCACAUUCCGUGUUAUCAGGAAUAACUGGUUCUUCGGAUUUUGAUGAAUCAUCAGAAUUAAGUUUAGGGAUAUAUGUGGAGGACCUUAAAAAAAAUGUGAAA